CCCAGGACUCUUCAUUUGGUAUGGAAAUGUCUUCUUACCUGUUUCCUGUUCGGCUGGGAGUUCCUAGAUGCUAGAGGAUGUCUUACCUUUUCCUGUUCCUGGAGUAUCGUUCUCAAUAAAUGUCUCUGAGUGGGUGGAUGAAUGAAAGCGAGUGGAGUGACUUCAGGGCCAUUAAGAACCGCUGUGUUGGGAGCUCCUUUGGGCCUGUCCCUGAGGCUCCUCUUACGUGUCUCAAAGAGUGGCCCAGAGCCUCCACGGGAGCGGAUGGGGGCCAAUCUGCGAUGGCAGCCCAGCCUGGCACACCUUUCGAGCUGGCCUGGGUCUUGUUUGAACACCUCCUGCGUGGAAGGCAGCGUUCGGGCUUUGUAGGAAUAUAAAAGACCUACGAGAGAAGGGUACCAUGCCCGUGGAAAGGAUGCGAAUGCGCCCAUGGCUGGAGGAACAGAUAAAUUCAAAUACAAUACCGGGGCUGAAGUGGCUUAACAAGGAAAAGAAGAUUUUCCAGAUCCCUUGGAUGCAUGCGGCUAGACAUGGGUGGGAUGUGGAAAAAGAUGCACCACUCUUUAGAAACUGGGCCAUCCACACAGGAAAGCAUCAGCCAGGAGUAGAUAAACCUGAUCCAAAAACAUGGAAGGCGAAUUUUCGAUGUGCCAUGAACUCCUUGCCUGACAUUGAAGAAGUCAAGGAUAAAAGCAUAAAGAAAGGAAACAAUGCCUUCAGAGUAUACCGGAUGUUGCCGUUAUCUGAAAGACCUUCUAAGAAAGGAAAGAAACCAAAGACAGAAAAAGAAGACAGAGUGAAGCACAUCAAGCAAGAACCAGUUGAGUCAUCUUUGGGGCUUAGUAAUGGAGUAAGUGAUCUUUCUCCUGAGUAUGCCGUCCUGACUUCAGCUAUAAAAAAUGAAGUGGAUAGUACGGUGAACAUCAUAGUUGUAGGACAGUCACAUCUGGACAGCAACAUCGAGGAUCAAGAGAUUGUCACUAAUCCUCCGGACAUUUGCCAGGUUGUAGAGGUGACCACCGAGAGUGACGAACAGCCGGUCAGCAUGAGCGAGCUCUACCCUCUGCAGAUUUCCCCCGUGUCUUCCUAUGCAGAAAGCGAAACUACCGAUAGUGUGCCCAGUGAUGAAGAGAGCGCCGAGGGACGACCACACUGGCGGAAGAGGAACAUUGAAGGCAAACAGUACCUCAGCAACAUGGGGACACGAAGCACCUACCUGCUGCCCAGCAUGGCGACCUUCGUUACUUCCAACAAACCUGACCUCCAGGUCACCAUCAAAGAGGAGAGCUGUCCGGUGCCUUACAACAGCUCGUGGCCCACUUUACCAGACCUCCCCCUCCCACCCUCCGUGACCCCAGCGCCCAGCAGCAGUCGGCCGGACCGGGAGACGCGGGCCAGCGUCAUCAAGAAAACGUCAGAUAUCACCCAGGCCCGCGUCAAGAGCUGUUAAGCCUUUGACUUCCCCCAGUGGUUGUUGGGAUGUCUUGGCUGUGUUUUGUUGUUUGUUUGUAUUUUAUUUUUCUCUCUGACACCUAUCUUAGACAAAUCUAAGGGAAAAAGCCUUGACAAUAGAACAUUGAUUGCUGUGUCCAACUCCAGUACUGGAGCUUCUUUUUAACUCAGGACUCCAGCCCAUUGGUAGACGCGUGUCUCUAGAGCCUGCUGGAUCUCCCAGGGCUGCUCCCUCAAGUUCAAGGACGUCAUAGGACCAACACCCACACGGGCAGCGCGGUGCUGCAUUGCCUGCGGUCAAGGCCAGCACAGUGGAGUGGAUGCCUCAGAACGGAUGAGAAAAUGUGAACUAGCUGGAAUUUUGUAUUCUUGUGAAUAUGUACAUAGGGCAGCACUAGCGACGUUGCAGUCUGCUUCUGCACCUUAUCUUAAAGCACUUACAGAUAGACCUUCUUCUUGUGAUCUUGCUCUAUUUCACGGCACAUUUCAGCGUUCCCCCUUCGCGGCCCUUUGUGUCCUGCCUCCCGGCCCGUCCCCUCCACUUCCUUUCCUCCUUGUCCUCCCCACAGAGGCUGUGUUCCGCAUCCCUGAGGAGGAGAAGAAGAAAAAGAGCUUCUCCACAGAUGUCCCAUUUUUAAGACUGCUUUAAAAAAAAAAAAAAAAAGAAAGAAAGAGAAAGAAAAUCUAAUCUGCUGUGCUUGAAUGCCACGCGGUACAGAGGAAAACUAUCAUGGAGAUAUUAUGCAAAUUCCCAGAUUUGAAGACAAAAAUAUUCUAAUUCUAACCAGAGCAAGCUUUUUUAUUUUUUAUACAGGGGAAUAUUUUAUUCAAGGUAAAAUUCUAAAGAAAAUAUAAUUGUUUUUUAUCUUUUCUACAGCAAAUUUAUAAUUUUAAGAUUCCUUUUCUUGUUUAUCAGCAGUUGUUAUUACAUCCUUGUGGCACAUUUUUUUUUAAUUUUGUAAAGGUGAAAAAGCUUUUAUGAGCUCAUGUAGCAAUCAAAUUAUCCUGUGGAUUGAUAAUAAAUGAAUAUGAUAUAUAGUUAAAUUUUUAA